AUGGCAGCGCAGCGGCUGCCGGUGGCUGGCGUGGGAGCCUGGAACGCGCUCGCUGUGCUUGUGCUGGCCUUGUGCAACAUAGUCGUCAUCAUGAUUAGCUACCCAAAAGGACGGGAGAUUUCUGAUCUGGUGCAAAAAGGAAUUCCAGUAAAAAUGAGCAUAGAGAUUGGUACUCAUCACAUACAGGAGUUCAUCAGCAGUCAGUCUGUGGUGUUUGCGGCCAUUGCCUUCAUCACGAUGAUGAUUAUCUCAUUAGCAUGGCUAAUAUUCUAUUAUAGACAGCGUUUCCUAUAUACUGGCUCACAGUUUGGAAGUCAGAAUCAUAGAAAGGAAACUAAGAAGGUUAUUGGCCAGCUUCCACUACGCACUGUAAAGCGUGGAGAGAAGGGAAUCGAUGUUGAUGCUGAGAAUUGUGCAGUGUGUAUUGAAAACUUUAAAGUCAAAGGUGUUAUCAGAAUCCUGCCAUGCAAGCAGAUUUUUCAUAGAAUAUGCAUUGACCCAUGGCUUUUGGAUCACCGAACGUGUCCAAUGUGUAAACUUGAUGUCAUCAAAGCCCUCGGAUAUUGGGGGAACCCUGAGGAUGCACAGGAGCUAAGCAUCCCAGAAGCUGCCCCAGGAAGUGUUUCUGUUGGGAAUCUGAGUGUGAGAGUCCAAGAUGAGGACAGGAGUGAAAGCAACCUUCCACCAUCUUCGUCAAGCGAGUUUGGGCCACACUGCCCUUGUCUUAAAGAAGAUGCAGAGGAGGACACAACAUUGCUAGGAGCCGGCAAGAGUGACCCUCAGCAUGGAGGAUCCAUCUGUUAGUGCGGUCUUCACUGACAGCCUCACUGACAGAGCCUUGGCUUGAAUACAGGGCACUCAGUUUUCACUCUAGGGCAUAGUUUGUACACUUGAAAACAAUGGAUUCUAUUUUACUUUACCUUUCAGAUUCAGGUUUGAUAUACAAAGGGCUGAGAUAUUUUAUUCCUAAGAGACUUUAAUUAGCCUUCAUCUAUUUAUCUACUAAAGUAUGACGUCUAUCAUAAAUUUCGUUGUAUCAAACUGUCACAGAGGUAUGUGGAGGGGUUGUUUCUGAGUACUAGACUAGCUUCUGUGGUACUAUAAAACAAGAUUCUGUUUCUCGGGCCUUUUAGACAAAGCUCACUCAGUUGAAUUGUGAAAUGUAGUUCCUUAUUGAUCAUAUGAACUUUCCCUGAAGCAGACUCUAGAACCUGUAAAGUGAGAAAUCUUGCCAGGGGCAGUGGUACACACCUGCAAACUCAGGAGGCCGAGGCAAGAGGAUCUUGACUUCAAGCCUACCCUGGGCUACAUAGCAAGACUGCUAUGUAAGGGGAGAGAGAAAUCAGCUGUCUUGUACUAUAUUGUCUAUAGAGACUUUAGAACCAUGCAUACCUUUUUAUUAUGUGGGAUUGUGAAAAGAACACUAGAUGAUUUUAUGAUUUGCAUUUUUACCUUUACUGCCUAAUUUCUUUUCACACUUGGAAAGAGAAGGGAAUUUAUCCAUGUU